AUCCGCUCUCUAGAUAUUACACACCGGCGCCGUAUACACAUGGCAACAGAACACCUGACAGAACAUCACUUUUUCCAAAUGAUCCCAACGUUAAUGAAACGUACGAACCCUUUGGUUACAGCCAACUGACAACUAAAGGGAAGAAAACACAAUACGAAAUAGGGCGUUAUCUUCGUGAAACCUACGGCGACUUCAUCCCAGCUCAGUACACCCCAGAUGCAGUCUAUGCCAUAUCCACAAAUUUCAAACGAACAAAAAUGUGUCUAGAGUUGGUACUUGCUGGUCUUUUCCCACCCCUCGAAUCCGACAUUUUUACCGAAAGUUUGAACUGGCAGCCCAUCCCGUUCAACGUCGAACAACAAGAAGAAUUAAUAGGAAUCCCCUUAAUUUACUGCUCCAAUUUUGUCCGACAAUACUACAAAUUUAUGUUAUCUCUAGAAGGAAAAGAAAUGCUCGACAGCUACCAAAACCUUUAUCAACAAUUAUCGAAUUAUAGCGGUCUCGCGGUAACAUCACCUGACGAAGUACUCGAUGUGUUCGAAACCCUUGAAAGCGAGCAAUAUUACGGACUUGAACUACUGGAAUGGACGUCUGAAAUGUGUCCGGACGUUCUGGAAGAAGUCGCUUCUCGUUAUUUUAAAUUUGCACUGCCACACCAGGAUUGACAAGAUUGACUACCGGGAAAUUUUUGAUUAAGAUUCUAGACGUUUCGGUUAUAACAAGUUGAGGAUUUUUACCUGAAGAAAGAAACAUUUCUUUGUAUUCAGCACACGACUUUCAAGUUGCUAUAACAUUGUUAAACAGUCUGGCUCUUUAUGACAAACAUAUGCCUCCAAAUGAUGCUACGGUUAUAUUUGAAAUACAUGGCAUAGAAGGAGUUUAUGGCUUAAAGUCGUUUCAUCAAACUGUUGACGAUACCUGAUUGCACAAGUUUUUGCGAAAUUGAUAAAUUUGCUGAACAAAUAGCUGACGAUUUUCCUGGAAUGGCCGAUAUUUGCACAUUUACUGGAGAAUUAAUGUAAACAGCGAUAAGAUAAAAGUGCCAAAAUAUAAAUCCUUAUUAUGAACAUACAUCUACGUGAAUGAAUAAUGAAAAUUUUAUAGUUCAUAACAUAUAAAUAAAUUAAUUAAAAAUAC